ACAAUAUUAUGUGUAUUUUAUUAUAUUAAAACGGAGUGAAUUAAACCUAUAAUAAUAUGUAUUGAACUGCAAGGCUGAUAAAAAUACAAAUAAUAUUUCUGAAAAUGACGAGUUUUUGCCGAAUAUGUUUCGCAGCAAAUGUAAAAAUGUACGACUUACAAAAGUCGUAUUUGAAGGGGUUUUAUGAAAAACUGAUUAAUUAUGACAUGAAUGAAGACAUAAUAAAUAUAUGUUACAUAUGCUACUCUGUACUCAAGAAGAGUCAUAAUUUUAUGUUACAAGCGAUCCAAUCAAAUGAUUUACUUAACCAACUUACAUAUAAAAAUAUAGAGAUACAAAAUAAAAGAUUGAAACACAAUAAUAUAUUUAAUUUGAAUAAUGUUAUUUUGGAUAAUGUUAUUAUAAUUAACGAGACUGAAUCAUUGAAAGAAGAAAGAGAUGUUAAAGAGGAAUAUGAAAUUGAAUUGGAUGAUACAACUUCAAUAGAUUUUAAGUUAACAGACACGGCUGAUGUAAAACCAUCAGAUUCGGAAGACGAUGUUCCUUUGAGCACUUUAAAUUUAAAUAAUAAAAAUAAUGAUAAAACGAAAAGCAAGAAAAAGAGGAUUAAAUUUGCUGAUAUAAAAGUGGACGCCCGCGAAAUAAUACUAACCGAAGAAGAACAAGUAUCAGACAUGCAGGCUCGAGCAAGAUCAUUGAAUUAUCUGAACUCUCCGUACAAAUGUAACUUGUGUUACCGCGGCUUCAUAGAUCCGGUCGCGUAUGGGAAACAUAGGGACAAACAUGAUGAGAAAAACGGUGCGCACAAAUGUGCAAUAUGCCACUUGAGGUACGCGAGUGGGCGACUCAUGCGAGCACACGUUAUAUCGACACACUCGAGGCGGUAUGAGUGUAACGUGUGCAAGCAACUCACUCAUACUAGACACCAAGCUAAAGAACACGAACAGUGGCACAACGGACACACAUUUUUAUGUAAAUUGUGCGGCCAAAUAUUUCGAAAAUCGUCCUCCUACCUAACUCACUUGCGCAAGUCGCACGCAAGCAAACACAUAUGCGUGUCUUGUGGUGCGAGCUUCGUCAGCGCGUACGGGCUGCGUGUGCACGUGGCCAAGGCGCAUAGAGGCGAUGUGGACACGAAAAAGGAUGAGCCGAUUUCGGAUAGUUUUUGCACGGAAUGCAAGAUACAGUUCAAGACGGUGGACGCGUGGAAGAGACACGUUAUAGCAGCACAUUAUGUAUUUGAAGGAAAAGGAGCCACAUGCCCAAUAUGCAAGGAGCAUGUAAGUGAAGCGCAUAGAUUUUCGCAUAUGCGCACACACACCAUGCGUGUCCAUGCGCAUGAGUUUGAAAGGACACCGGCCAUGACCACACUGUCUUGUGACCAUUGUGAAUCGAAAUUCUUCAAUUUGACAAAACUGAGGACUCACAUAAAGAGGGUACACCUCGGAUAUAAGUACGACAAGAAUAUAGUGUGCGAAACUUGCGGGAAGCACUGUACAUCCACAGCCGCCUUACAGUACCAUCAACGACGGCACAGUGGUGAGCGUCCGUACGCUUGCCCACAAUGCUCGAUGCGUUUUCGUUGCCGGGAACACGCGAGAAUACACUACAGAACUCACUCGGGCGAACGUCCGUGCUCUUGUCCGGUUUGCGGGAAAGCGUUCACGCAGAAACCCGCGCUGAAUCGACAUUAUGCGAUACACACAGGAUCCAAACCGUUCGAGUGCCAGUACUGCGCGAAAACUUUCAGCCAGUCGAGUUCUUUGAAGGCGCAUAUAAAAACAGUGCAUUUAAAAAUACCUAGGAAAGCAAGCCAAGUGGUUGAAAAUAAAAUUUGCUGA